CACGAUUACGUCCACUCGUCCCUACUCAAAAUUAUUGCAAACUCGGUUCUGUGAAACAAAAUCAUUGGUACUCAGCCGCUUGGCAACUUAACACGCAUUAGGGCGAUUCCAAUUUUAAAAUUUUUAAUAUUUUCCCGCCUUGUUUUAUUUUUUUUAAUUAUUAUUUUUUUAAUCACUAUGAAUCUAAGGCUACAUGUGUUUUUCGGCCAGAUGUUGUGGUUAGUGGCCGUAUUGAAUGGCAAGACUCUACAGGGUGUCCCAGGUUACGGCAGGAACCUCAUAAUCAAAACAAUACCGGCGAUCGAAGACUACCAGAGCAAUGUUUACGAAGUGUUUAUGGAGCCUUAUUUAUAUGAUUACAGCAGACCAGUGUAUCCCGUCGCGGGCAACCGAGCGGAGAAGCAGAUAGACUUAGCCGUGGCUCCAAGAUCAGCCCCCGGUCUUCAAGCCGUCGUUCACCUUCUUCCCGACGAGGACUCUGGCGUGGGAGGCGAGCUGGUCUUCACUCAGAUCGUGCCCAAUGGCCCUGUGACCAUAGAGGGGAACAUCACAGGCCUGUUUGCUGGACUACACGGCGUCCAUGUCCACCAGAGUGGCGCCGUGAAGGAUAAUUGCAAGGAGAUCGGGCCACACUUCAUUGCUUUCUACGGUCGUCACGGCGGUCCACGGGACCCAAUCCGUCACGUCGGCGACCUCGGCAACAUCAAAGCCGAAGAGGGCGCCACUGUCAACGUGAAAAUUGUAGACCAUCUCAUUUCAUUGGCCGGCCCGAGAUCCAUCGUGGGCAGAUCUCUGGCCAUUUCCAAGGGGGAAGACGACUAUGGCAGGGCCAGUACUGAAGACAGUGCCCUAACCGGCACAUCCGGACCUGCGCUGGCGUGCGGCAUUAUUGGAUAUUUGAAUUAA